AAUACUUCUUGCACAAAACAUAUUCUUCGGUGAAUAUGAUUAACCCUGAAAAUAUUCAGGCUGGAGUGUGCCACUUGGAGGGUAAACAAAGGGACUUGUUUAAGUAACUGUAUUGAACUGUAAGGGGAAUACCUGGCUUAAGGGAGAGGAACUGUGUUGCUAAUUACGUUAGUGAUCAGAAAACUGCGUAGGUACUUCUGAAUAGAUCAGAACGUAGACGGCUGUUACGUAUGACCCUUGGGAAUACCAGUUUAACUAGAAGAACAGUUAUACAGUGGGAGAGGAAAGUUUGCAUGCCCGGACAGUGCCUUUUUAUCUUCUACCCUGUUAUUUUUUUCAAGGAAUACUUAAACGGUUGAAUAAUUAAGGUCUGGAGCCCUCGGUACAGAAUCCAUCAUAAAAUGUUUGAAGGUAAUUAGCCAAAAGUGAGUAACUCUCUGGUAACUCUUGGUAGAAUAAAUGGAGACUGAUUUCUAUUAUAUCCCCUCCUACUUGUUCACCUUACUACCUAUUUAUCUUAAAACAUUAUUUUCAGGGUAGUUUACUUAACCUCAUGUAUAAUAUUUAAUUGCAGGUAAUUACUUACCUAUAUAACAAUACAGAUUUAUGAACAAAGCUACCUGGACUUGUCUGGUUAACUUCAUCCAAGACUGACAAUGAAAAGUUGAGGAAGUUUGUGCCCUGAAAGGCGUACUUGCUCUUUUCUGCAAUAGUCAGCAAGGAACAUGUGAAGUACGAGAAUAAGGUCAUGACAGACUUAAAUGGACUUCUGAAGUAACAAAAGGAAGAAAAAUGGAGACAGAGACCAUUUUAAGUCUUAGACACCAACUCAAGGAAGCAGAGAAUGAGCGAAGAAAGGCAGCACAAUAUGGGUUGCAUUUAUUGGAAUCCCAAAGUGAAGUUCAAAAUCAGUUGGAUCAAACACGCCGUGAAUUGACUGAGAAAACUGAGAAAUUUGAACAAGAGAAAUACUCUCUUCAGAGAGAAAUUGAACUCAAGAAUCGAAUGUUGGAAAGCUUGAGUUUUGAAUGUGAUUCCCUUAAGCAACAGCAAAACAUGCAACUGGAUAAACAGAAAGAACAGCUUGCCAGAGUCUAUGGACAAGAAAUCAGUGACCUUAAAAACAAGUUGGAGAACCUAAAAGCAGAACUAGAUGAAACCCGGCUCUCAGAAAAACAAUUAAGACACAAAGUGGAUCAUCAGAAGGAAAUAAUUGCUGCCAAAUCGGAAGAACUACAUAUGAUGUCUGAACGUGUACAUGAGACCAUGUCUUCAGAAAUGCUCAAUCUUCAGAUAGAACUCACUGAACUAGAAAGUGUGAAGGCCAAUGUUGAAGAAAAGCUGAAUGAACUGCAGUACAGUAAAGAACAAUUAGAACUCAUAAACAGUAAUUUACGUAAUCAGCUGGAGCGUCUACAGGGAGAAAAAGAAGAGAGGGAAAAAGAAGUUGUUUCUUACUCUAAUGCAUUAGAGAAAGCUCGUGAAGCUAAUCAGGAGCUUCAGGUUCAGCUGGAUCAUGCAGUGCAACAAUCUUUGGACCCUACAAGUAAAGGCAAUUCUCUCUUUGCUGAGGUGGAGGACCGUAGGGCAGAAAUGGAACGACAGCUGAUCAGUGUGAAAAUAAAAUAUCAGUCACUACAAAAACAGCAUGCAUUCACUAGAGAACAAUUGCAAAGAAUGAAGCUACAAAUGGCUACACUGCUACAGAUGAAAGGCUCUCAGGCAGAAUUUGAGCAGCUGGAACGUUUACAGUCAAUGUUAGAACAAAAGAAUGGUGAGAUAGAAGAUCUUCUUAUGAAAGUGAGGCAGCUAGAAAAAUUUAAGACUUUAUAUGAGAAUAUGGAAGAAUCCAGAGGUAGUAGUAGCUCAAAAGGAGGAGAGUCUGAAGAUGGUUACUAUGCAGAUUUACUGCAAAUGAAACUUGACAACUCAAACAAGGAAACUGAAACCUUGAAAAAUGAACUAUCCUUGCAGAGGAUGAAAGCUCUGUAUGAGAGCCAAAGGGUUCUGGAAGUUGAAAGGAAACUCUUCACAAAUGAGAGGCAUUUGCAAGCUUGUCAGAGUGAGAAUAUGAACUUGCGAGUUAUGCUGGAUGAGCUGAAAAUGAAAUAUGAACCUGAAGAAUUACUUAAAGGCACCAAAAUUAAAAAGAAGAGGGAGAAGAUUCCAGUGGACACUACUUCUGAAAACUUAGACAGCAAAAAUACUUCAGUAAAAGAAGCCGUUCUUGCUCAAUUGCCAAGUAAGGAAGAAACAAAGAUGAAUUCCAAGAACUUGGAGCCAAGUGAUGCUUCUCCAAAAAAACAUGCUCUUGAAGCACCACCAAUAAAUAUAGCUCUUCAAGCAAUGCAAAAAGUAGUUGAACCUGAAAGAGAAAGAAAGAGAGUUAAAACUAAAGAUGAGAAUCAUGAUGCCUUUACUUCGUAUAGCAGAAGUGGAAGUAAUUCCUUGACUUCAGCUGCCCCCAGGUUAACAGCUGAAUCCAGAUUUGAAACUACAGAAAAAGAAGAUAAGAAAGAAAAUAAAAUCACAACUGAGAAGAAAACACAAAAGAAAAAAUAUACAACGUUGUAUGUAUCUUCUAAGCCAACGUCUGAAACACAGUGUGCUCAGCAAUAAAACCUACGUUUCUGGAAGGAACCUGAACAAUUCGGAGUCCUGCUUUAGCAGGAAAUACUGAGUAAACUUAUGUCACGCGUAGAUGUACAGGUUCCUAACUUAGAUAUUGAUCUGCCUUGUUUUAUGAAGAGUAUGAUCGCAUUAAUGAGAGUUGCACUUUUGAUAUCUUAACUUCCUGGUGGGUACCUGUUAAGUUCCCUGGCAAUGUAACCUGAAGUGCUGCCUUGUCUUGAAUCUUGGCUAAGUCUCUAAACAUGUGUUAAUCAUUAUUUGUUUGAAAUGCAGUGCUAAUCUGAAAGAUAAGUACUUGCUACAGAAGUCUUAUUAUAUGAUAAGACUGGGGUCAACCCUAAGGAAGGCAGACUAGACAGUGUUGAUGCAGAACUCGACUAAAUCAUGUGCUCCUGACUUUCUUCCAGUUCCUGGAUUCAGAAUUCUUAACAUUUUUUCCCCAUACAUAUAGACGUUCAACAUUCAGACUGACCUGAUGGCGAAGGUGCAUGUGAAUUUUUUUAUGCGU